UACAUUUUAGUCCCCGCUUUCACGGCUGGGCUGGUCUGUGGUCGCCUAGCCCAAAGCCUAGCCAAGCAGCCGUCUUCAAAAGCUUUCAUCGGGGUUUUGGGUCUCUCAAUCGAGAUCGGACCCAAUGCGGAGACAAAAUGAUUCCUCGUUAGAGUUCAUAGCAAUGAGAUCUCAGGUUUUUUUCUUUUUCUUUCUCCUUCAUUUCUCUUGAAUUCAGUUUUCUUUGAAUCGAAUUCCUGGUUGUUCUCUGAAGUUUCAAUUCCAUGGAAGAACAAACCACCCCGAAACUGAAAAAACCUCCAAAACCCAGCAAGCCCAUUACAGAGCUAUGGUGGUUUUUCGCCGCAGCCGCCUGCGUAAAGCUGCUACUGAUCCCAGCCUACAAAAGCACAGACUUUGAGGUCCAUCGCCACUGGCUUGCUAUAACCCACUCUCUGCCUCUCUCUCAAUGGUACUUUGACGAGACCAGCCCUUGGACCCUUGACUACCCUCCAUUCUUUGCCUACUUUGAGCGCUUCCUAUCCAUUUUUGCCAAUCUCAUUGACCCACAAAUUGUUCACGUCCAAAAGGGCUUGAAUUACAGCUCAAACACAGUGCUUUAUUUCCAAAGAAUCUCUGUUAUCUUCUCGGAUUUGUGUCUUUUGUACGGGGUUUAUAGAUUGACUAGGAAGUUGUAUUCAACGAGGCAAAAACUGAUGUGGGUACUGGUGGUUUGGUCUCCAAUGCUUGUGAUUCUGGAACGUUUGCAUUUUCAGUACAAUGGAUUUUUCCUUGGGAUUUUGUUGAUUUCGCUUUCUUAUUUGGAGGAAGGGAGGGACUUGAUGGGUGGACUGGUUUUUGCCGUGUUGUUGUGUUUCAAGCAUUUGUUUGCUGUGGCGGCACCAGUUUAUUUUGUCUACUUGUUGUGGCAUUAUUGCUGGAAAGGAUUUGUGAGAGGUUUCUGGCGGCUUUUCAUUUUGGGAGCUAUUGUUGUGGCUGUUUUUGCAGUGGCUUAUAGACCCUUUAUCUAUCAUGGACAAGUAAUCUCUAUGGCUUUGACAGUUUGUCUUUAGAUGGUUAUUGGCCAUCAUCGUCGUAUUACUCUUAUCUGUUUUUAUGAAGAAAUCUCAGAGCUUAUUAACCUUUGCAUGUGUGAAUACUCACCAAAGCAAUGAAUGGCUGGGAAUUUUUCCUCUGCAAAUGGGAUUUUUAUGAGAGCUGAAUAUAUGUUAUACUACGGAAAGAAAUAGUAAGCGAGUUCUUAGGUGUGCCAAUUCUAUGUUUUCUGUUUUGUGUUGAGACCAUCUGGCUUCCUCCUGUCAUGUUGAUUAAUCGAUAUUUUUGUAUUAGCAUCGGAAAACGGAGAUUUCAUACAAAGGACCCACUAGUGUAGUAGUUUGGAACCAUUGCUCUCCUAGGCAAGGUCCUGGGUUUGAAUCCUAGCAUCCGUGUAGCUUGUGUGAGUUUAGUAUACUAUCACUCUUGUCCUAAAAACAGAGAUGUCGUUGAAAGAAUACUGACAGGCUUAAUGUGUAAAAUGGUGAACUGAUUUAGUAGAUAAUCAUUUUGUUUA